CUCACAUCUGAUCUAAUCAGGAUACUUGAAGUGCAAUUAUUCGGACUGUAAAAAUGCUGGCCCUCGAGCAGAGCCAUGGUUGCACAAGCCGUGCAUAUUACGCCUUCCAAAGACAUGCAUCAAUACGCAGACCUUCUCUAAACGCUCACAGGGCUGCUUCCUGCCUGCCACAGAGGCUGGCGUGCAGACUCAGUGUCCCUCAGGGGGCCAGCACACAGCAGCACUCAUCGAGCCCAACUCAUGCUGGGUGUCAACAGCAAUCAGGCAAACGUGCCUCUUCUUGUACAGCCACUGGUCUCAGCCUGCAUGAGAGCGCCAGCGGCCAGCUGAGAUCUCCUGCACUGCUAGCAGCAGUGCUGGUGCCCCUCCUGCAGCAGGGGUGGGCCAGAGCAGACACUCUAGAGGCCGCAGAUGCGAGUAGCGCUGUGCCCACUGACUACCUCAUCACCGGCAUCUUCACCGUCGUCAUUCUGGCUCUUGUCAUAGUGACUGUCGGGGUCGCGUACCUCUCCCUUUCGUCCUUUUUCGACAGCAGAGCGGAGGAGGAGGACAAGAAGAAGUUUGAGGUUGCACAACGAGACAGGGAUUUGCAGGCGUUGGGAGUGCAGCGGCCGAAGCGCAAGCGUGCGCCAGAUGAGGCGAUCAGAGGGGGAGGCAAGGGAUUUGGGAGCUGAGGAGGAUCUGCUGCCAACACACAGUGCCAAUUUUGAGUAUCUUUGGUACAGGACAUGCCAUGCUGCGUAGUGUGCUGGGCACAGUGUUUUGUACAAGAAUCUUGAGCGAUGUGUCUGAUAUGGACAUUGUCUACAAAUUUGAGCAGGGAAUCUGGUAGAUGCUGCAC